ACGCGCAUGUUGAGUUUUGUGUUUCCUUCCCAGUACCGGGCACGCGUUUCCGCCGACUGGCUGUUGAAUUAAGUCGUUAGCCCCAAGCCCCCCUUGCUGGAAGGCGGGGAGUGUAGGGCCAGGCGGGUUACCUGAGACACCUGUCUCUGCACAAGGGUGGUGUGUUUGCGCACCCAUUCGCGACUGACCCUGUCUGCGUGAGGACGGAAACGCAACAGGGCAAGGUCAGGAGCUUCUCAAAGGGUUGCGUUCAAGCCAGAAACUUCCCAGGAUGAAGAGGCUCCCUGUUCUGGCGAUGCUCCUGUGGGUGUGCGCGGUGUUUUACGUGGGGAUCUUCCUGUUUUUCGGGGGGUUCCUCCUGGUGCGACUGGAGGUCAACCGGAGCAGCUCCUGUGACGACCUCCUGACGCCGCGGGAUGAGGGAGGGCGGGACUUCUGUCGCGGGGAGCCUCGGUUCCGGAGGGCCGUGGUUCUGAUCAUCGACGCCCUGAAGAUCGACUUCGCCCGCUUCGACGCCCGGAACUUGGCCCCCAAGCCCUACGAGAACAAGCUUCCUGUGCUGGAGGAAGUGAUGUCGUCACAACCGACCCACUCCCGGCUGUACCCCUUCCGGGCCGACCCCCCCACCACCACCAUGCAGCGCAUCAAGGGCUUCACCACCGGCUCCCUGCCCACCUUCAUCGACGUGGGCAACAACUUCGCCUCCAGCGCCAUCCUGGAGGACAACCUGGUGCACCAGCUGGGCCGAGCCGGCAAACGUGUGGUGUUCAUGGGGGACGACACCUGGGAGAGCCUCUUCCCCAAGAAGUUCCACCGCUCCCUGCCCUUCCCUUCCUUCAAUGUCAAAGACCUGCACACCGUGGACAACGGCAUCCUGCAGCACCUCUAUCCCACCAUGGAGGGCAGUGACUGGGACGUGCUCAUUGCCCACUUCCUGGGGGUGGAUCACUGUGGGCACCGUUUCGGGCCGGACCACCCAGCCAUGGCCGACAAGCUGACCCAAAUGGACGAGGUCAUCAGGUCUGUGAUUGGCCGGCUGGAGAACGACACGCUGCUGGUGGUGAUGGGGGAUCACGGGAUGACGGACAGCGGUGACCACGGGGGGGAGAGCCUGAAGGAGACGGACGCCGCCCUGUUCCUCUACAGCUCCGCCCCCGUCUUCCCUGCCCCCGGAGCCCAGGCGGAGCCCGAGGUGGUGCCCCAAACGGACCUGGUCCCCACGCUGGCCCUGCUCCUGGGGAUCCCCAUCCCCUACAGCAACAUCGGCCAGGUCCUCCUGCCCCUCUUCCCUCAGCACACGGGGAGUCCUGGCGCACCGCCCCCUCUCAGCCAGGCGGAGGCGCUGUGGAUCAAUUCCAAGCAGGUGAGCCGGUUCCUGGAGACGUAUACCCAGAUAUCCAAAGACAUUCCGGCGGAGAUGCAGUCCGUCCUUCGGGAAGACUUCUCCCGGAUCUCCUCAGAGUUCCGGAGCUCGGCCCAGAGGGGCCUCCCUGCCUCCCCGGAGCUGGUGUCCUCCCUGCAGGGCUACCUGUCGGCCGUGAGGGAGACCUGCCGCUCCUCCUGGGCUCGCUUCCACCCCCUCAAAAUGGCCGCCGGACUCGCUGUCCUGGCGGGCGCCUGCGCCCUGUGCCUGGCCGUUUCCGAGCUGGGGGACGCGGGGUCCCUGCGGGGCCCGCUGGCGACGGGGGCGGGCCUGGCGGUGGGCGUGGGCGUGGCGCAGCUGGUUGCCGGGGGUUACUCGGACGUCUCAUGGUGCCUGGGCGCGUUCGCUCUCUCCUCCCAGGCGCUGUUCCUCCGCAGGGCGUGGCUCACCGCCCGCGGGGGCCAGUCCAAGGGCGGCCUGAGGGAGCUCCUCCCCCAGCUCUCCGCCCCGCUCCUCGUGCUCCUCGUGCGGUGUGCCGCCCUGAUGUCGGACAGCUACGUCAUCGCGGAGGGGCGAGUCGCCACGUUCCUGCUCUGCUCCCUGGGCCUCUACGUCCCGCUCCGACUCAACUGGGACGGGCUCCUCCUGCCCCCCGCGGACCCCCAGAAGCCCCUGGGGCUGCAGCCGUCCCCCUCGCUGUCCCCCGCGGUGGUGCGCAGAGAGAGCCUGGCGCUGCUGGCCUGCGUGGCGGUUUUGGCGGGCUCGCUCUACCUCUCGCUGUCCUUCCACGGCUGUCGCGAGGAGCAGGGGUCCUGCCAGCCCUCGGCCUUCCUCUCCCCGCUGUCCCGCCUGCAGGACAGCCGCCUGCGGAACCUGCACUACCUCCUUUCGGUGGCCUCGCUGGCCGCCUGGACCUACGCCCUGCGCCGCUGGCUCCGUCACUACGGCAACCUCAACUGCCAGGCCCCCGCCGUGGCAGCCGCCCGCUGGCUCCUCCCCUCGGUGUCCGUGUGCCUGGCGCUGCAUUGGGCCGUGAGCUCCACCCCCGAGGAGAGCUUCCGCAGCCUCGCCCAGCUGAUCGGCCUGGCCGUGGAGACCCUCCCUCGAGCCGCCUUUGCCCUGCUGGGGCUGGGGGUCGGCCUGGUGUGGCUGGACCCGCUGAUGGUGUUCCUGAAGCCGCGGCAGCCCGCUCAGCCUCGAGGCCCGCCCCUCCCGCCCCGCUACCGGGCCAGCACGGGGAUCAGUCCGCAGGCCGAGCUCCACCACCUAAUCCCCCAGCUCUACCAGCGCAUGCGCCGCUCCCUGGAGGAUGACGAUGGGCCCGAGGGGGGCGCCGAGGGGGACACCAGGCCGGCCGUGGAGGCCUACGGGCUGGGUACGGUGUACUCGGCCCCCCUGCUCCUCCAGUGGGGCCUGCUGGGGCUGGGGCUGCUCCUGCUGCACCCCGAGGGCCUGGCGCUCUCCUUCCUGCUGCUCCUCCUGGAGGCGGGAGCCCUGCUGCACCUCCACGCCUCCUCCACCUCCCUGGGCCUCCUGCAGGGGACACACACGGGUGAGUUCGCUGUGCCCUGGACCCCGCUGGUUUUGUGGGCGCUGGCUGCCACCCAGUUUUUCCACGCCACGGGACACCUGCCCACCUUCACCUCCAUCCAGUGGGGCGCUGCCUUCGUGGGGUUCCCCAAGGGUCACACCGGGACCCUGCUACCAGCCACGCUGGUCACCCUCAACACCUUCUCCUCUCACAUCCUCUUCGCAGUUGGCUGCCCGCUGCUGCUCUUCUGGCCUCUGCUAUGUGAGGCACGUGGGGGGCGAAGGGGGCGGGGCUCGGGGGAGGAGGGAGAGGACGUCGUCAUGGAGAUGAGGCUGAGAGAGAGGCCCGAGCAGUUCUCCUCCACCCUGCUGCAGCUCGCCGCCCGGUAUCUCUUCAUCCACGGAGCGCAGGUUCUGGCCUCAGCCGUUGCUGCAGCCAUACUGAGGAGACAUCUGAUGGUGUGGAGUGUCUUUGCACCCAAGCUGAUGUUUGAGGCCAGUGGCUUCGUGGUGAGCAGCGCGUUCCUGUGCCUGGGCCUGGCGCUGGUGAUGCGUGUGGAUGUGGCGGUGAGCCGCUGGUUUAAGAGGCUCCUCCCCGAGCAGUCCAGGUAGCGCCGCUCCCCGUGUCCCACAAUGCACCGCUGCCUCCGCCACUCCCCACGUCGACGUCAGAAGGACGGGACGAGACCGCGGACGUCACCAUGGUGCCGUUUCUGCCUCUGGAAACCCCCGGGUCAUCUUGUGACUUCCGCUAAGGCCGUUACUUUGUUGUUCUUGGAGGUUUGCUCUACAAUUUUUGGGGCUGGA